AUGGCCGAUGAUUCACCAGAACUACCAUCCAAGAGAAAGUGUCUCGGCACAGACUGCGAAAAGGAUGCUGGAGCUUUACAGUGCCCAACAUGUCUGAAGAUGGGCAUGAGCGACAGCUAUUUCUGCUCUCAAGAUUGCUUCAAGAGGAACUGGAACGAACACAGGACCCUACACAAAACGGCGCAAGGCAAGACACAAGAUGUUACCGCAGCUUACAAUCCUUUCCCAACGUAUUCCUUCACCGGCCCUGUCCGGCCUGUCUAUCCCCUUUCUGCGAAGCGCACCGUCUCCAGGUCGAUCAAACACCCUGACUGGGCCGUGACCGGCAUACCAAAAGGUGAGCAGCGCUUGAACAGGACGAAAAUAGACAUUCUAGACGCCAAGGGGCAGGAGGCAAUGCGUAAGGUUUGCAAAUUAGCUCGAGAAGUACUGGACAUCACCGCUGCAGAGCUCAAGCCGGGCAUUACCACCGAUUACCUCGACGAGGUCUGCCACAGAGCUUGCAUAGAACGGAAUUCGUAUCCUUCGCCCUUGAACUAUAAUCACUUCCCUAAAUCGCUCUGUACUUCUCCGAACGAAGUGGUUUGCCACGGGAUACCGGACCAGCGCAUCCUCCUGGAUGGUGACAUCCUCAAUCUCGAUAUCUCAUUGUAUCACGAGGGCUAUCACGCUGAUGUCAACGAAACGUAUUAUGUGGGCGAUCGAGCCAAAGCGGACCCAGACUCGGUCAGAGUCGUCGAAACGGCACGGGAAUGCUUGGAUAAAGCAGUCGAGCUCGUAAAGCCCGGCACUCCAAUACGAGAGUUCGGUCGCGUCAUUGAGAAGCAUGCCAAGUCAAGAAACUGCAGUGUCGUCGCGACCUGGGGUGGCCAUGGCAUCAACACCGAAUUCCAUCCCCCGCCGUGGAUACCGCAUUACGGCAAGAAUAGGGCGGUGGGAGUUUGUAAACCUGGAAUGACUUUCACGAUCGAGCCGAUCCUUACGCUUGGAAGACCGAGGGAAGUGUAUUGGCCGGACAAUUGGACAAAUGUUACGGUUGAUGGCAAAAGGACUGCUCAAUUUGAACAUACCUUGCUUGUUACAGAAACAGGCGUCGAGGUCUUGACUGCGGCAAGCGAAAGUUCUCCAGGAGGCCCAAUACCGAUGCCCACUACUACAAACGAGAUAGCAAAAGCUGAUAGUACCUCCAACGUAUAGUCCGAUCUAUCGAUGCGAGGUUGAAGGAGAGUGUAUGGAGUUUUGAUCAGGUGGAUCAGGUAUUGCAAAACAGGAGAUGCUCCAGGCCCGUCAGACAUCAUAGUCACGUGACCUUGGACUUGGACUCGAUAUUGAAGGAGGACUGCACUAUCUGAGUCCAUAAUGACUAGGUUUCAUGCCUUUUCAAUGCGUAUAUACUUCAUCCAGAUAACAGCAACUACCCUUGCGGAACUAACGCUCGUG